AUGUUAAAGAUCUACGAGGAUAUAAUCAACGAGGUUAUAUCCAGACUUGAGCAGGUAGAGGACGAGGUCAGCAUUGGGAAGUCGGCCAUCCACGAGCUCAGAAACGAGUGGAGAGAAAGGCUUAUUGAGUACACACAGAGCGAGUGGGAUGGCGAGAGGAUGAGGCGCAGAGACGGCGAGCAAGGAUAUCACGGAUACGAAAGGCUUUCUGAAGGCCCUGCACAUGCGUUUGGCGGGAAGCCGACUACAGCGAAGGAUCCUGGGAUGUUUGAAGACUAUGGAAGCUCGGACGUCUCAAGCGGAGACUCCGAGAUAAUAGGAACGAAGGGCAGUACUGGGAAUUGCAUGGUCUGCCUGUAUGUGAAGGUCAACAUGUCGAAGGGCAAGUGGAAGUGCACGUUCAAGCAGGGAUUUAUUAGCAUAGGGAAUAUAGAUUUUGUAUUUAACUCUGCCCAGGGGGAGCUUGAGUGGUAG